AUGGAGCCUGCAAAUCUGCGGCCAGGACCGUCGGAUCGAUUCCGUAUCAGCCGGAAGCCCGUGUCUAACCCGAAUCUGCGUGGGACUGCAAAUGCCGAUCCCCCGUUGUCUCACGCCACAAGCUCCCUAAAUUUAGUACCACCGCCGUUAUUACGGCCCCCGUCUUAUACAGAGCUUUAUGGACCAGCUGCUCCGUCACCUCCGUCACCCUAUUCUGAGUCCGUUCCACGGCCCCGAACAAUAGGUGCUUCGAUAUCAACAACGCCGCCCCCACCGCCAUCCCCUUCACCGGUCCAGAAAGCAUACGGCGAGGCGCGUCACCUUCUCGGUGGUCUCAUUAAUCAUCCGACCGAGUCGAACAAGCACGUUACAAUCUUACGGCACUCCCAUGGCUUAGUUUUCUACCGUGGUAACACCACGUCGGUGGCCGUCUCAAUAUUCUCCGAUGCACCCUUGCCACUAGACCGUACACUGUGGUUACAGAGCAAAGGAUGGUCGGGAAAGACCGGAAUGCGCACCAAAGCGCUUCUUCAUCUUAAUAGCAGCUGGCUUGAUGUCACUCCGGGCAUGCCGGUUCGAGCCGAUCAAGUGAAUCCGGACGACGAACGUGCUUGGCAGCGCGAUAUCAAAAAGUUUCGCAAAAAGGCACCCGCAAGACCUCGAGAUACACAUCAGCUGCGCGAAACAGCUGUCGUUCGGAUUCCUGCUGAAGCUGGUGACGGUUAUUUCCAGCUAGUGCUUUGCGAAGGGCUGAAAAAGAGCGUUCUUGGCAAUAGCCCGGUUUUCCGAGUCCUCUCGACGUCGGCCAACCCGCAUUCUCUCCGGGGUGCCAGCUUGAGUACGUUGCCACUGGAGGUCGGAGCGAUGGUGGUCAGCCUCUAUGCGCAGACAGCUGCUCGAACAGUAGCUACCCCGGCUGCAGCAGCUGUCACAUCCACGGUAAAUCCAUAUCGUCCCUCAUGGGUAACGCAGGCCGCGGUACAUACAGCAUACUCUGCCAGUGGUGUCAAAGACAGAGUUGGUGGGGUUUUGAAUUCAUCUGCCGAUCCCAAUCGGAAAACCGUGGCCGGUCAAGGCCCUCCGCCAUUUGCCGGUAAUGAAGUGUCUCGUAUUGACGAAGGACCGCAGCUGCCAUUUCCAAUGAACUUCAAAGCUCGUGGUGAACUCGCACACUCGCCAAUUCCCAGUGAUUCAAGCGAAACUCCAAAAAUGACUCUCACUAAGGUUCCGGAUUGGGUUCCAGAGCAACUCCGUGGCUACUUCUUUGGCUGGGCACGCUUUGAUACAGGCUCUACUAAAGAUGCGUCCACAGGACCGUGGUGUCCAAUUGCCCUCUCUGUUCGAACUUUGGACCCUCUACAAGCAUCGAGGGUAGAUAUGACACAAAUUACGAGACGGACUGUGACCCUUCGCCUGUUGGAUGAGGUACCCCUUCAGACGACCAAGCUUGAUAUUCGACUCAUGGGAUUCCUUCGAGAGGAUAUCCCGCCGCCGACUGGUGGCAAUAGCCAAGAACUUGCGGAAGCACAGGCCGCGGCAGCAGAGGCAGCCAUUCUGGCUGAUGUUUACGAUGUAUCUGUGGUGCAGAACACAUUGGUCCAUCCAGCAUGGGCUCCAGAAGUGCCAAUUGCCGCUGAAAGUCAACGGCAAAAUCCCAGCUGGGCUGAUCGAACACGGGAAGGAUACGCCGUUGCGAGAGCCCGGGGACUAAAAUGGAUGGAACAGGUGCCUUUGCAUCGGCUGGGGGUUCGAUCGGCGACUGAUGAGUGGAGGGAGAGACAAGUUGCUGUGAACGGGUUUUAUAUUGUUCGAUGA